CGCAAGCGGCAGCGGCGCGGAGGAGGCCGCAGUCGGCGCCUGGGGGCUGGGGUGGGUCUGUCUUCCUCCGCCGAGGUUUAAGCAGGUCUGGAUCGUCCGCUGCGGGCCCCUGGGCGGUCCCUUUGUUGCCUGUCCCCAGCCUGGGAAAAGAUGGCCCCACAGCCCCCGAGGGGCCUAGUUUCAGCUCUGCUCUGGGGCCUGAACCUCUUCCUCAGCCUCCCAGGCCCCGUGUGGCUCCAGCCCUCUCCACCGCCCCAUUCUCCUCCCUCGCCCGAGCCCCACCCUUGCCAUACGUGCCGGGCGUUGGUAGACAGCUUCAACAAGGGCCUGGAGAGAACGAUCCGGGACAACUUUGGAGGUGGAAACACUGCUUGGGAGGAAGAGAAAUUAUCCAAAUACAAAGAUAGUGAGACCCGUCUGGUAGAGGUGCUGGAAGGUGUGUGCAGCAAGUCGGACUUCCAGUGCCACCGCCUGCUGGAGCUGAGUGAGGAGUUGAUGGAGAGCUGGUGGUUUCACAAGCAGCAGGAAGCCCCUGACCUCUCCCAGUGGCUCUGCUCAGACUCCCUGAAGCUCUGCUGCCCUGCUGGCACCUUCGGACCUUCCUGCCUUCCCUGUCCGGGAGGCACAGAGAGACCCUGUGGUGGCUAUGGUCAGUGCCAAGGGGAAGGGACCCGAGGGGGCAGCGGACACUGUGACUGCCAAGCUGGCUAUGGGGGCGAGGCCUGUGGCCAGUGUGGUCUUGGCUACUUUGAGGCAGAACGCAAUGCUAGCCAUCUGGUAUGUUUGGCCUGUUUUGGCCCCUGUGCCCGCUGCUCAGGACCUGAGGAGUCACACUGUCUGCAGUGCAGGAAGGGCUGGGCCCUGCAUCACCUCAAGUGUGUGGAUAUCGACGAGUGUGGCACUGAGCGAGCCAGCUGCGGAGCUGACCAGUUUUGCGUGAACACUGAAGGUGCCUAUGAGUGCCGAGACUGUGCCAAGGCCUGUCUGGGCUGCAUGGGAGCAGGGCCAGGACGCUGCAAGAAGUGCAGCCCUGGCUACCAGCAGGUGGGCUCCAAGUGUCUCGAUGUGGAUGAAUGUGAAACAGUGGUGUGUCCAGGGGAGAAUGAGAAGUGCAAGAACACCGAGGGCGGCUACCACUGUGUCUGCACCGAGGGCUACAAGCAGGUUGAAGGCGUCUGUGUGAAAGAGCAGAUCCCAGAGUCGGCGGGCUUCUUCUCAGAGAUGACAGAAGAUGAGCUGGUCGUGCUGCAGCAGAUGUUUUUUGGUGUCAUCAUCUGUGCGCUGGCCACACUCGCUGCCAAGGGCGACCUGGUCUUCACAGCCAUCUUCAUCGGGGCUGUGGCGGCCAUGACUGGCUACUGGCUGUCAGAGCGCAGUGACCGUGUGCUGGAAGGCUUCAUCAAGGGCAGAUAAUGCCUUCACCAUACUUGGGACCUCCCUCCCAGGCAGCCCUCAGGUCGGUGUCCCUUGGGCUGGACACUCAGGGCCACUUGGUUUGUUUUGGAGGUGGGAUGACAUGACCAGCCCGCCUACAGUCAGCUCAGCAUCUGGCUUGGGCAUGUGUGGCCCUUGGGGGUAAGAGCCUGGAAGCUGGCUGCCACCAGAUCUUUACCUCACAGGACUGGAUAGGCCACACAGUGUGAAUUUUGAAACUGCUUCUCCUUUGGUGGCUUGAGUGAGCCUUGGCCCUUGCCCAGGAAGGGGGGGCCCUACAGGGGUGGGCCACCACAGCCCUGUCCUGCCAGCUGCAUGCUGCCAGCUCCUGAUCUGUAUUCACCUGCUCCUUCAGCCAUUGACUUAUUUAUUCAUCUCAGGAAAUAAAGUUCUGGAAAAAU